GCAACUUGCAGGCGGGAGUGAGAUGCCGGGGGGAGGAGGAUCAGAGUGAGACCCGUCUCCAGGAGAGAGAGAGAGAGAGUCAUCCCGUGCGAUUGGACAUCUGGGUGCUGUGUGAAAUAAAGUAGCUCAGAUUUCACCAGAAAUAUUGCAGCCAGUUUGAAGGAGCCUGAAGGCAGCUGGCAAUACAGAAGAAUGAUCCUUUACUCUUGCUUUUUGUGCUUCUGUGAAAAAGACUUGUCAGUUUGUUGACUAAUUGCUUUUCACUGGUCCUGGAAAAUCACAACGGGCACACGUCCAAAGCAAAUCUCUGUAGUGAGCCCAACACACUGCAGCUUUGACUCUGCUUUCUUUAAAUUCGCAUAUCUCUUGGGUUUUCUCAGUACAAAUCUCCAUUUGGCCCGAAGUGGUAGUGGGGGGAGUGAAGAUGAUAAAGUACUGGGGUGAGAUCCCGGUGUCCUCCGCUCAGCCCAGCCGGAGCUCUUUUGACCUGCUACAGCGGGAGUUCCGAACGGUGGAAAUCCAGGACCCUCCAUUGCACCAACCCUCAGCCGACAGGCCCCGGCCGGCGACCAUGCUGGAUGUGCCGUCCGAACCCUGCGGCCUUACCGUCCACACCAUCCAGCUGUUGCAGUACAACCGGCGGCUGCGGAGCCUCGUUGCCGCUGCUCAGGCACAGGGCCAGCCACAGAUGGAAGGAGUGAAGGCCGAGGAGGCUGAGGUCUUGCCGCCAGUACCCAACUCACCGCCCAUCCCGGAGGAGCUACUGCCUCUGGACAGUAAAAGCCCGAAGCUGCCUUUCCAGUUGAGGCACAGUGACCCGGAGAGCGACUUCUACAGGGGAAAAGGUGAACCUGUGACGGAACUUAGUUGGACAUCAUGUCGGCAGCUCCUCUACCAGUCAGUUGCCACAGUCCUAGCACACGCAGGCUUUGAGUCUGCCCAUGAGGGCGUUCUGGAAACGCUGACAGAUGUCGCCAGUGAUUACUAUUUCAAAUUCACACGGCUCCUGCGCUUUGCCACGGAUCGAGAAGCACGGGUCGGGCAGUCCCCAUUCCAGGACGUGAUGGAACAGGUAUUCCAUGAGGUGGGAAUCGGCAGCGUGCUCUCCUUGCAGAGGUUCUGGCAACAUCGCAUCAAGGACUAUCACAGCUACACUCUCCAGGUGAGCAAGCAGCUGGCUGAAGAGUAUGAAAAACUGGUUAGUCCCGAAAAAAUCUCAACUGAGGACACUAAACCAUUGAAGAUAAAGGAUGAACCCAUCAGUGACAUUGCUUUCCCUGUUAAUGAAGAGAACGAAUCUGAUCUGUCUGCAGGGGAACAAGCCUUGCAGCUUGGGGUUCUGGCGCAGGCUCAUGAACGUUUUGCUGCUGCACUGGAGGUUGAUGCAUCCCCUCAAACAUCAGGCCCUGAGGUAAGCAGCUCUCCACUAUGGAACCUAACUCAAGUUAAAAUGGAGCCUCAGGAGAAUGAAGAAGGCAGCGGACCUUCUCAUGGCGUUUUGGGCAAUGAUGUCUUUGAAGAGCCAAUGUCUGCCAUGAGUGACUCUGGCAUCCCGCAAACCCCUAACACUGCUGGCUCCGAAGGCAGCUAUAUAUCCCACUCGCCCGACAGCCUGAUAGCCUCUUCUCCUGUUUUCAAUCAGCGACCGAAGAAAAAGAUGAGGAAAAUGUGACUAUUCAUUGGGUAUUCACAAGUCUAUUUUUUUUCUUUAUCUUUCAGAUGCUUAUUUGAAAUAGUUCUUUUCCAUAAUAAUGAAUGCUAACUUGAAAUAUUUUUUCAUCAAAAGUGAAACCCAAUUCAGAAUUAUUGUCUGUUUGACUAUUGAGUUUAAUGUCAAAGGACAGGAACAAAACAACAACGAAAAAUGCUUCAGCCAGUCUGAAGUUCCUUCAGGAUAAUUGUAUUUGUGCAGAAGAGGAAGACUGGGAGGAAGAAUCUAGACUUUAAGGGACUGCGUAGCUGUAUGGAUACAAUCCUAUUUUUCCACCUAUGGGAUUUGAAUUUCAAUUCAGCUCAGAAUGAUGGUGAGUUCUUAGUAAAAAGGAAUGACUUGUGUUUGUAUACAAUGUUAUCACAUCACAGAGAAAUUGUUCAUCUAUUGUAUUGCUUGUUAUGUAACCAACGUGACAGCCAUUUUGGGCACAAUUGGCAAUCAGAUGUCCCUAAUCUGUCUGAAUGAAAUGAAUGAAAUCAGCAUGUCACCUAAGUGAAAAGGGAUUCAUAAACACAAAACUUCGCAA